UUUAUUGCAGAGAUUGAAAGUUGAAAGUAACGUUCUCUCUAUACUUGAGAUUUCUUCUCUAUCGACGAUAAUAAUAGGUAAUCGAUUUAACAUUCCACUGGAUUUGUUUUUUGAAAAUUGCAAAUAACAAAGCGCUCGAAAAAUGAUCGAACAGUUUUAUCAAAAAUAGAAGCAAAAAUGUUGACUUUUAAUUAUUUUUAUGAAGAUUUUAAUCGUAUAAGCAAAAAAUUUUAUUUAUUAAAAAUUUAAUCAUAAUUUUUCAUUGUCUCGCUACAAAGAAUGAUAAAAAUUCAAAUAUUUCAUACGAUAAGAUUAUUAAACAGACGCGGUGUAUCAUAUCGUGCUGAUUAUGCUAAAAUGAACGGAAUAAAAGAAACUUUUAAGUAUAGGCUUAUACGUUGAAUAUAUACGUAAAUAUAGCAUAAAGUUAAUGCGUAUGUACACCGGGACACCGGGGAUAGCGCAUCACGUGCGCUGUGCACGCAUUUCAACGUUGGCCGCCGGCACAUGCACAUCGGCUCUCGAAACGUUAGUACAUAUCUUGUUAGCGAAAACAAAACAAAACGGCAACAAUGACAAGCGACGUGAAAGUGAUAGACGGUGGUUUCUCGACGCAACUCGUCACCCACGUAGGCGAGGUCAUCGACGGCGACCCUUUGUGGACGAGCAGGUUCCUCUACAGCAACCCCGAUGCCGUUUUCCAGACGCAUCUCGACUAUCUGCGAGCCGGUUCUCACGUCAUCGAGACGGCCACCUAUCAGGCUUCCAUUCCCGGAUACGUCAAGUAUCUGGACAGGACCGAGGAAGAAGCUCUGCAAUUGAUUAAAACGGCAGUGGAGCUCGCCAAGAAGGCUGUCAGAGUUUACAAGGAGGAGAUAAAGGGCAAGGAUGUGUCCAACCCUGAGCCCAUGGUAGCUGGUUCCAUUGGACCCUACGCUGCUUAUUUGCACGACUGCUCAGAGUACACUGGAGGCUCGUACGCUAAUAUCGAAUCAAUGGACUCUAUCGUCGAAUGGCAUAGACCCAGAUUUGAGGCACUGAUUAAUGGUGGGGUUGAUCUUUUGGCUAUUGAGACAAUUCCAUGUGCCAGAGAGGCUGAAGCACUAGUUGGAUUGUUAAAGCAGUAUCCUGACACUAAAGCUUGGCUUUCUUUCUCAUGUAAAGUGGAUGGAAAGAGCAUAGCUGAUGGUUCUAGCUUCAAGCAGACUGUUUUGAAAUGCUACAAAGCAGCAUCAGGACAAAUCGUAGCAUGCGGUGUCAACUGCCUUGCUCCAAGAUCAGUAACUCCUUUAUUGAAGUCCAUCAAUGAGAAAGAAAUCAAUCAGUUUAUACCCAUGGUUGCCUAUCCAAACAGUGGAGAGAAAUAUUCAUCCACAACUUUCAGUUGGACCAUAGACAACGAUUUUCACCCACCAGAGGAAUUUGUAAAGGAUUGGCUUGAUAUUGGAGUACGCUACAUUGGAAGCUGCUGCAGGACAGGUUCCAAAGACAUUGAGAGAAUUGCAGCAGAAGUCAAAAGUUGGACCAAAAGUCGUUUGACUUGAGGUAAAAAAAAUAUUCCUUUUCAAUUUAAUUUUCUGUCAUUUAUUAUCGUAAGUCAACUUAGUUUGAAAAUGUAUAAAGUUCAAUUUCAAAAAUUUCUCAUCAGUUACAAAAAAAAUGCUCCAAAGACUUUUAGUUUCACAGUGUUUUGAUGACACUAUCAAUAAUUAUACUCUACUAAAAAUUGUAAUCUAAAUUUUCUAAUAACACUUUUGAUACUUCUUUGUAAAAAAAAAUAUAAUAAAAAAAAUAAAUAAAAAGUUUGUAAAUCAAAGCUCUAAUUGUCUUAUUUUCCAAACAUUAUAGCUAAUAAAUGAAAAAUUAAGAAUAAAUUGA